AUGACAGAGAUGGAGCAAGUGAUAGGCUUUCAUGUGAGCUGCAGCGCCUCAGCUGUGAGGGGAAGUCGCAAGCAGCGCUCACUUGUCAGCCGACAAACAGCCUCUCACACAAAACAGACACACAUGCACGCACACACACACACACACACACACAAGCUAGUGAAAUCAGUCUGUGAAUCUGUGAAUCAGGCACAGCAGGAGCCCACUACCAUCAUGGACAACAAAUCAGAUGUGAAAGCCAUUCGGGCUCGUUUUCAGACUGCAGGUGUCUCAAGUGAAGGAAGUACUGCUGUUCCUGCUGCUCCUACUCCUGCUGUUGCACGUCCAAAAACCGCUGUCCACCCAACCCUAUCAGGGCCCAUGGUGCCGUCCAAGAAACCUGCUCUGGAGGCCUGCCUCUCGGGCGGUUCUGCUGCUGCUAACUCCACCACCCCUAAACCCAGCUACUUGAAGAACAUAGCCUCCAACAACAGUGCAUCAGAGUCGCGGGAGUCUCCAAAGCCUAAAUCCAUCGCCAGCAGGUUUGAGAAUGCGAUUGCAAACGAAGAUAGCAAACCCCCUUUUGCUAAACCCUUGAAACCCAAACCACCAGACUCCAACCAGAACGGUGAAUCCAAGCCAAAGCUACCGUUACAGAAGCCGCUGAUAACAGAGGUCAAGAACACGUUCCCCAAGCCACCACCUGUGACAGCCAAACCUUUCAAGACCACCAAAACUGAGAACAAUGAAAGCACUGGUAUCGCCAGCCAUACCCCAGCAAAAAUAGCCAUGAUUCCUAAACCAAAGAGUGCCAUCAAUGUACUUCGGCAGCAGCCAGAAGACGGCAAGGAGGAGGAUCAGCUGGCAAAACCGUUCUCGCGCGCAAAUCUUAACAAUUCCAGCUUCCGUGCUGCCCAAAAUCUCUUCAGCAAGGCAGAAGAAGCAGCAAAGGAAGAGUCGAAAUCUGAAAGCUCAAAAGAAUUGCAAGCGGGAGGCCCUGUGGUCCCACAAAGUAAACCUGCCUUCAAGACCAAACCCUCUGGAUUUAAUGCACAAACAGUGAAAGAUGAUCCUUCAGCCCCAAAAAGAAAUCCAUUAACUAACAUUCUUGCUCUCGGCAGUCCGCCAAGCAAACCUAACAGACCACCCAAAGUCAACCUUGAGAAGUUCAAGAAGGGCGCUGAAACUCCAGGUGAGGGACCUGAAAUAAAGAAGGGAGGCUCUCUCGCUCCUCCUCCUCCUCCAGCAUCACACCCCAGCAGCCAAGCAGCUCCAACUUUGCCCCCAAGGCCUCCAGGACCCAUAGUCCAGCAAGAGGAGGAGUAUGACGAUGUGGGUGACCUGAGUGACUCAUUUGGUAAGGCAGGGCGACAAGACGAGGGAAGUGGAAGUGACGGGGAGACGUAUGAGGAACUUGAUGGAUGGUCUGCACCCGAGGUGAAGGAGCAAGAAAAGAAACGGGAAAAGGAAGAGAAAAAGCGAGCGGAGCAAGAAAAGAAAGACCAGAAGGAACGAGAAAAAAAAGAACAAGAGGCCAGAAAGAAAUUCAAACUGACUGGGCCCCUGAAAGUCAUCCAUAAAGUGAAAGCGAGAGUAGACUGUAAGGGCGGCAGGAAUGACCUUAGCUUUAAACAGGGUGACUCGAUUGAUAUCCUCCGGAUUACAGACAACCCCGAGGGCCGAUGGCUGGGCAGGACUCAAGACGGAUCCUGCGGCUAUGUGAAGACUGAGUCGGUCCAGAUCGACUUUGACUCUCUGAAGAAUCAGAGCAAGGCUCUGCCUGAGAAUGACGGUGACGUGUAUGAUGAUGUGGGCUCUCAGGAGGAAAGCAGUAGGAGCAUCGCUGGUCCAGGAGUCAUUCUGCCUCCACCACCAGAGGGACCUGACGAUAUAUACGAUGAUCUGGAAGAUUCCAACCUUAAUGUCAGCCCGGAGCCCAGGUCUCUCAUCAAAGCACGCAGCUUCAUUCGGAUGCUAAAGACCCCCACUGACUGGAGAAAAAGCCCUGUCCACACUAACGUGGUUCCUCCACCUCCACAGUUCAGUCCAGAGAAUAACGCAGAAAAUGAUGAUGUUUAUGAUGACGUGGACACACCACAGCCUCCCAGCAGCAUGCCUCCUUCCAAACCGAAGCCGCCGAAGCCGAUAGAUGAUCCGAAGAAGCAGAAGAAAUUUGAAAAAGAGGAAAAGGAAUUCAGGAAGAAGUUUAAGUUUGAAGGUGAGAUCCAGGUUCUGUAUCAAGUGACGGUAAUCGCUAAUAAGAAAGGCAGCGGGAAGGAUCUGACAGUGCAGGCCGGCGACACCCUGGACGUCAUCAGCAAUGUGGAUAGUGACAAACUCAUCUGCAGGAACAAGGAUGGAAAAUUCGGAUACGUCUUACACAGUAACAUCCAGACUGAAGAUAAUGACAUCUAUGAUGACGUUGGUGAUGAUUGUAUCUACGACAACGACAACUGAUUGUGAGAGUGCCUGCCUCCUGAUGCAGCUGUGGACCUCAGGCCUGUUUUUAAUGCCCUGUCAGGACAUUUUGACCUGAGUGACCUGCCACUUUCAGCAGUUUAAAGGAACAAUGUGGACAAAAGUCAAAUGUAAAUAAUGUCCAUUUUCCCAAAAGUAGCCGAUCAGCUGUGACGUGACCUGUCAUACAUCCUGUCAGAUGGACUACGUUUGGAAUAAAGAGGCAGUGUGUACAAUUAAUUUUCAACCGAAUUUUCUCCUUAAGUUUGUUUUUUUUUAUAAACAACUUUAAUUGUUGAUGGUAAAGUAUUUACAGUUACCAAAGAAAACCAGUGUGCCACUCUCAGAUUAUUUCUCUUUCUCUUCGCUUAUAUGCCAUUGUAUAACAUGUUAUAACAUCUUAUUUAUGUAAGAGACAGUAUUUUGUUAUUUUUCUCCUCUGUUAUCCUCUGUUGUCACUUUGCUCUGUAGUCUAAUAAAGAAGAUUCCAUUACAGGUUACUGC